UGUCGGUUGUUUAUCAAAACGAAAAUGAAAGCGAACCGAGUGUAAUAUACAUAAUUUGUUAAUGAAGAUGCAUAAUAGUUAGAUGCCGAAAACAUGGAUUGUCGAGAUUAUAAACAGCUUUUUCAGGUUUUUCCCAUAGAGGGAGAAAUGGAUGAUGACAAACCAUUUGUUUGUAUUGAUCAUGGAUGUGGGCAGAGGUUCACUAAUGAAGACCAUCUUUCAGUUCAUAUGAGAAAGCAUGAAAUGUCACUGGCGUUGAAUCCUGGAAUCAGUUUAUCAUCUUCCGGUAUAUCUCCCUCAAGAAUGGGAGGGUUAAUAUUAGAUCAAACACCGACUCCAACAAAGUUUCUUAAAAACUGUGAAGAGAUUGGGCUGUUUCAGGAAUUAAACAAAAAUCCUUUUGAGGAAGCAUUCAAAAAGGCCCUUGAUUGUGAUGGCGACCAAGGUGUUCCUGGGAUCCCAUUACCAGGACCUUCUGGAAAUGAUAAUGAAUUGAACACCCCAGUGCCACAUAUUCCAAGGUCAUUGUCAGAGGUCAGUCCUUUAACAAAGAUCAGACGUAGCACAACUGAGAAGCUUUUACUGAAACCUGAACCUAAAACACCCGAUGAAGAUCAAGAAAUAAUUGUGACAGACAAAGACGUCUGCUUUGUAACACCGUUUUCAAGGUCACAUGUUGUCAUGUCAACCACAACAUUGAUCACUGCUGCGCAUUCCACUACUCAGUCUCCACCCAAAACCACAGUUGCCCAACUACCGAUAUCGAUGAUGCCAGUUGUACAACAGUCCCAAUGUACCAUGCAGAUCUUUUUACAGCUUCCAAAUGGUACAACAGUCCCAGUUCAGAUACCAGCAUCCAUUCCAAGCGUACCUGUGAUCCAGGCUGCACAGCAGCAGGCAAAAUCAAAUGUGAUUAGUCAGACGAGUCUCCUGCAAUCUGCUCCACAACAGUCUUUACCAUCUCCACAAAAAUCUCAAACAUCACUCACAAAACAGAAAUUGAAACAAGCCAUACAGCAACAGACAUUACCAUCACCAAGUUCACGAUCAAACACACAGAUAAUACAAGUUUCACCCGAUGGGUCCAUUAGUAGUAGUUCAUCUUUUGCAGCUAAUAUAUCCCAUAAUUCACCAUUGUCUAUGGAGCAGUCAUAUUUUUCUGAUACUGCAUCAUCACCAGAUACAGUGGAUUCCACACAAGGGACCUCAUUCAAAAGAAUGAGAGGAGAUGAUGAUGAUACCGACCCAAUGGAUGGAAGACGAAAGAAAUUCUUGGAAAGGAAUAGAGCUGCAGCAGCAAGAUGUCGUAUGAAAAGGAAGAACUGGAUAAUGAACUUAGAGAAAAGGGGUUCAGAUUUACAACAAAACAACAACAAACUACAGGGGGAGAUUACUUCAUUAAGAACAGAAGUAGCACAGCUGAAGACCUUAUUGUUGGCUCACAAAGAUUGUCCUGUCACACAUGCCAUGCAGAAACAAGGAUUACAAUUUAUGACAGAAUCUGAAGUUAUGGAUGACACACCCAUAAACUUUAAACAGGAAAAUAAUACUGCAGUUACAUCAUUUACUCACAUUUUACCUGAUCAAUCUUAUUCCACUUUAUCAGGGGAGAGAACUAUAACCAUACCAACUAUCAUAGGAAACACAGUGGAACAUAAGACAAUUAGAAUAGUUCCUGCUGUUAUGCAUCAAGACAAUUUAAAACCAGUCAGGAAGAAAUGACCAGAGAAGAUUUUAGUUAGAUAUUAUUUAAAAUCACUUAUUUUUAAUUGUGGCAGCCAUUUUUUGUUAAAUUUGUUAAUUUAUGAUAUUUUUGCUUCAUUAUGUAUUUUUAGGUGUUUUAGUAAAUUGACUUCUGCUAUUGAUAAUUAAAUAUUUUUUGUUAUCUUGGUUGAGUUAUAUUUUGAGUUUAUUUAUAACAAAUUUUAUAGAAAAAUUAAGUUCAUAUUAUAUAUGAUUUAUGUACUGAAAAAUCUGUCAGAUUUGUUUUUUUCAAUGUCAGUCAGGUAUCCCCACCUUUUUUCCCCUUCUGUCCUUCAUGUACAAUAAAAUUCACACUACAUGUAUUUAAACAAUGUUGUAUGUUAAGACAUUGCAGUUUUGCAUUUUAUUCACAACACAUUAAUCAUCUGUAAUUAAGCUAACAAACAGGGAAAACUUAGAUGAAGCAAGGCAAAACCAUUUUCUUUUUUAUCAAUUAGAUACAUUACUUCAAUUAUUGGAACAAAUCAGCCAAAAAAUAUUUUAAUUGUUGACAGGCUAGUGCAGAUGAACUUCUUAGAUCACCUUACCCCUCAAUUAAUUUCAAGAAGUAAAUGGGACCAUUGGCUUUAAACAUGAAAUACAUCUAUUCAAAAUGAUAAACACCCACAAUAUCUAGCAGUUACAUACGUACAGAAUUCAAUAAAUAAGUCAAUUAAUUAAAAGCUAACUCUAAGGGACAACAUCAAAAGAUCGAUGUUGGAUAAAAAAACUUAAAUCGAAUAGUUUGGGGGUGGGGGUGGGGGGUCAACAUUGCUGCAAGUUUUGUUAAUCUAAAAUACAUUUUACAUAUAUCCAUUUUUCCGAAAUUAAGUUAAGAAGGGGGGCAGGAGGGGCAGCGAAAAAACUAUAUGAAUUAAGUUUUUAUCCUACAUUGAACUUUUGACAUCGUCCCUAAUAAAAGGGGAAUCUUUUUUCUAAUUUCUAAUAUUUCAGUGUUAAGUUUUAUAAUUAAAUAGAUAUAGGAAGAUGUGGUGUGAGUGCCAUAAUAUAAUUAUGCAUGUUUUAUAAAUUUAGGUAUGCGUUUUCAGACUUUUCAAGAAAAAGCUGUUUUUAAAUAUUUUUAAGGCAUUAUUUAUAUUCUCAUGAAGAAGCCUUUAACAUGGGUUGUGUGACCUAAACAAUUUCAUUCAAACAACUCAAUAAAUAUUUUCAUUUGAAUAUUUAUAAUGCUAUAUAUGGGCAAAUUUGUUUAACCUUUCCCCACCAAAACAGUGAUUAAGAUGUAUAAAUUAGACAAAUAUCCCCUAGCUUUAGUUUACACUUCAAGUGGAUCACCAUACAUGAAAUAAAAUCUCUAAGAACAGUUUGGCUUUUGAAAUUGCUAAAAUUGAUAAUCCCCCUUAUAAAGAACAAAUAACACCUUACUGUAUAUUUAAAAAUAGUCAUCCAUGUUGAAUAAUUGAUUCAUUCUAUGUUUUGAAAGCUUCAUGAUAGGAUAACUUUUGUACAAUAUAGUAUGUUAUACACUGAAUAGGCUGGAAUAUGGUAUAUAUAUAGACAUUUCAAAUUAUUGUAGAUUCUUCUUUAAGAUUAAAGCAAAAGUUUUAUUUUAUUGUUUUCAAUGUUAAAGGUUAGUUUUGCACAUUGUUGUGGGAAAUUAAGUGUUUGAAAUUAAUUAAGAAUAAACUAUAUGACAGAAAUAUGAUUUGAAACUGCAUAAUUGUACACAAGAAUUUCUUUAAGUUUUGUAGAAAGGAAAUAUUGUGUUGAUAUCAUGUAUAUGUAUCCUGAUAGUCUUGUGAUAUGAUAGAAAAGAUUUACUAGUCUUUGUUAAAAAGUCACAAUAAAUAUAGCUUAUUUCCAAACGUAACAAAUUUCAUGUAGACUGAAAAAUAAGCUUAAUACUCAUAAAAUUACGCAAAUUUUUAAAAACAAGUUGUACUGAAACAUGAGCUCUUACAACUUUAUGAUAUUGUAUUGACCAAAGAAAAAAGACAAACCAAAUACUUUUAUAUUUUCUGAGAUGUCCACACCUUCAUAUUCUUUACCUCUUGAGUGUGAAAUGGUACAUUGGUCUUUUAUUUUACCUCUGGCCAGAAAGUAUGUACACCUAUAAUAUUGAGUGCAAUGAAAGUAACAUUUUCUUAGGUCAAUAUUAAUGGUCUUUUUUAUGAAUUGUUGCUGAAAUCAAAUGCAGGUCAAGUAACUGCUCGACUCUGUUUGUCCAUCUGAAAGAUAUCUUUCAUCAAAAACUUAUUGGCUUCUAUGAAAGGGAACAAUAUUUUGUAUGCAUCUUUUUAAUGUUGAGUUCCAUGCAGCGAUACCGGUACAGACUUAGUAUUGAUCUUGUUUUUAUUUUUGGUGCUCUUGACACAUCUUUGAGUGUAAAGACAAUUUUUAUGCUACUGUGGAUUCUUUAUUUUUCUUUGGAUACCAAUUUUGGUGGAUUUCAUCAGUACAGGCUAACCACAAAAUUAGAAGUUCAUCGAAUAACAAAUUUUUAUAGGCCUGUAUCCAGACUUUGGCAAAACCAUGGAAUGAAAUAUCCACAAAUAUGUAACGUUUCCUUAAUCCUUAAAAAUGAUACCUACGUAACAAAUGAAUCCACAGUAUUUGGUUUCUCAAAUUUGUUUUGUUGCAGUGGAGGAGGUAGGCUUUCUUUAGAAGUGCAUACAUAAACAAAAUGAAAGAAAAAAAGCAUUAACUUAACAGUAGGUUAUGAGAAAAAUGUUGAUAUCCAAAAAAAUACAGUAAUAUAAACCAAAAAGACUUUUUCUGAAAUUUUAUUUAAUUUGUUUGAAAUUAAUUAUUUUAUUUUAAAGUUCUAACAUAUUUUGAAUUGUAUUUGACUAUAAUUUGUUUCAUGGAGCAACUACAAUUAGUUUAAGUAGACAUAUUACACAUGUUGUCAGACUAUCUGAAUACAUAUAUAAUAACCUCAGGAAAGAUGGUUUACAGAGAAAGAAGAAAAAUAUGUGAUUCUGUAAAUGCAUUUAUUGUGACUUGGUGUUUGAAUGCCUCUUGUUGUGUUACUAGUAUAUAUUAAAAGCAUUACGUGCAAUCUUUGUUCAUCCGUUGCUUAUAAGAUAUAUAUGUGUACUAUAAUUGUUAUUCAUAUUUGUUAAUUUAUUGUGUUUUUGUAUGUUUAAUUGUUAAAGUUGUGUAUUAAUAAAUAUGAUUAUGUUUUUCUUGUUAGAAUAUAUAUCUUUGGAAUUGACUUUUGAAGAAAACUAGUCAAAAUAGAAAUAAUUGAACAAUUUUGAAUUUAUUUGAAUAAGUUUUUUGUUCUGUUUUUUUUUUGUAUACACUAAAUAGUUUAUACCCCAUGACACUUACUGAGUAAAAUACAUAAAUGUCUGAUUGUUUUUGUUUAAGCUCACCUUGACCCAAAGGACCAGCGUGAACUUUUACCAUUAUUUGGCGUCUGUAGUCUGUUGUCAUUGUUGUCAUCAUCUUCCGUUAACUUUGACAAAAAUCAGCUCUUCCGAAAUUACUGGGCCAAAUUAAACCAAAGUUGACCACAAUCAUCAUUUGGGUAUCUUCUUGGUUUUUUUUUUAAAUCAACAUGACUGAUAUGACUUAAAAUAUAGAAUUUAAGGGAAAAUGCAAUUUUUGUCUAUUUUCUUGAAAAUCAUUAUUGAUAGAAAAAAUCUGAAAGAAGCAUGCAAACAUGUUAAUAAUGGUGAGAUCUAUAUUAGAUAGACAUAGUCAUAAACUUCAUGCAACAGAAAUGACCAGCAUGAUAAGAUUUACAAAGAAUAACUUUUCUGAAUUGGUCAAUUGGUCUCUUAUUGGAAAAAUUGUCCUUUUUAUGAUUUUUUUUUAAAUUUUUGUUUUUUAUCUUGAAAACUAUAAAAGAUAGAUAGCUACUGUAUUUAAAGAAUAAAGAUUAAGAUGCACAUAGACAUAGGUGAGCAACACAUACUCUUUAAAGCCUCUAGUUUACUGUUUUAUACUCUGUAGUUUUUGAAAAUAGAUAAGUCCCUAUAUUAAAAGUACAAAAAAUGUAAAAGGAACAAAAAGUAAUUUUUGUGAAAUAUUUUGGAUCAAAUUUGUGCAAGUGUUUCCUUUUAUGAAAUAUAUCUACAGUAGCUGUAUCUGAAGGUCUGUAAUACAAUUGUCUUUAAAGGAUAACUUUCAAAACUGAAUGAUAUUUAUGUUUCAGUUCUUUUUACUACAAGUCCUUCCUUCUUAAAUGCUUCAUUCAAAAUAAAUUAGAAUUUUCAAAUAAAAGGAGUAUGAUAUGCUAUAAAUAGGGUUGGCAAAUAGGUCCUUCUUCUAUCUUUUUUUUUAUAGAUACAUUAACAAAGUUACAAUUUUUUUAGUAAAACACACAGAUGAACACUUUCCAACAAUUACUCUGUAAUUUGAUGCAGAAAAAAAGUUAUAAUUGAAAAAUAGAAAAAUAAAGGUACAGGUAUUGUAGAGUUAUCCAUUUUACAUCUAUUUUUUACACGGGAAAUAUUUUCUAAUGAACUAAAAAUUUAUUCAAAAGAAAUUCAUUGUUUGUGAUGUAGAUUAUAUAAACUAUUUAUAUGGCUUUUCAAAUAUAUAUCUUAUUUUGUAUUGUUAGAUUUAUAAUUUUUCUACUUAUGAAAUCAUGGUAUUUUUCAUCCAUACAUUAUUAAUUUCAUGCAACGCUUUAUAUGACUGGUUCUAAUAUGUAUAAUGGGCAUCAGUUUACUUUUGAGUGUUGUGAUAACAAAACAGAGAUGUAAAUUAAUAUUCAUUAAAAAAGAAACCUAACAACACUAAACCAGAAAGAACAAAAAUGUUUAAGAAAAUAAGGAAAUUCGCAAUAAUAAUUGCAGUAGGAAGAUUGUGGAUUGUGUGAUAUUUUCAAGGUCUGACUUUUGAUAGUUUAUAUAUAAAUUUUAUUGUCAAAUUGAGAUAUUUGUUAUUUUUCAGUUUUGUAAAAUUUUAAAGCAUUGUAUGUGAUUAUUUUAAUAGAUAACCAACCAAAUUAUUUUAAAGUGAAUUUCAUUAUAAUGGCACCUUGAAACAUUUUGUUACAUUGCAGGACUGUUAAAGCAAAUAUUGCUUACUCCACUUAAAGAUUAAACAUUUACAAUUAUUUUUUUUGCUUCAUACGUUUUCUUUAAUAAUAGUGUAAACUGUCAGAGUGUACAAUAAAAUCUUGAAAAUCUUUAAUAUGUGUUCACCAGACCACACCUUAUUGUUUUGAAAUGAUGAAAUCUUAUAUAUAUAUGCACAACUUUAUGUCAAAGAUCUGUAAAAAUUAGUUUUUCCCAAAAAAAGUCUCUCAGUUAUUACUGCAAGAACAAAAACACCUAAAUAACCUCAAAUUGGAUAAGAUAAGAAAUGGGGUGGAUUUUUUUUUGUGAGACAAAUAAUUCAUUUAACACAGAAAAAACAAUAUACCAAAUCAACUAACUUUUUAUUCACACAACAAAUUCCCUGCUUUGCUUAAACUGCUGAUAUUCAAUUGAUGAAAUAUUACUGUAUAUGAAUAUUGUUUAAUUUUUUCACAUAUUAUUCCCCGGUUUUCAGCAAGUUCAUGUAGAGUAGUGAUUUUAAGAGAAGAAAAACUUGUAUCAUUCAUCAAUUUAUAUGUUUAAAUGAUGUCAUUUUAUACUUGUCAUUUAAUAUGUAAACUGUGGCACAAUCUACAAAGACAUAAAAAUUCAAACUCUA